AAAAUUACUAUUUUUAUGGAUAUUCUGAAAUGAUAUAACUGACAUUAUGUUUUGGCUUGAACGAAUGAUGCUAUGUUGCCACUAAAUAUGGGAAAGCAAUGACUGAAGAAUAAUAAUGGGAGCAUGACGGCGCACAUCGGUGUGUGCAUCAUUCUCUCUCGGAACCAAAGAGCCAGUCACCGAUUGUACACCCACGGAAUUCGUUCUGAUCAGAUACACAGGCAAAUAUGGCGGAGGGAGAUUCAUGGGAUGCUGACACUUUCGAUCCGGACGAGCCCGCAAUCGGGGCCAAGAAGGCUGUUGUGGCAGACAAAUGGGAAGGCGAGGAUGAGGAUGAGGAUAUCAAGGAUAACUGGGAUGAUGAAGAGGAGGAAUUGAAGAACGCAGAAGAGAAAAAAGCAGCAGAGACAAAACGUUCAGAAAAGAAGAAAUUAGCGGAAAAAAUCAAAGAAAAAGAAAGUUUACAACGAAAAAAACAAGAAGAGUUGAGAAAGAGGUUAGAGGAAUCUAAUGAGACAGAACUCACACCAGAGGAGGAGCUAGCAGAGAAACUACAGGAAGAGAAAAAGGAACUCACACCAGAGGAGGAGCUAGCAGAGAAACUACAGGAAGAGGAAACGGAACUCACACCAGAGGAAGAGCUAGCAGAGAAACUACAGGAAGAGACUGGUCUUCUACUGGCUCAGGAUGCUUUUGGUGUCGUCAACAAUGUAAAAGGAAUUGACGCCGUAAGCCCCUCUUCUAAAGAUGACUUUACAGAUUUUGAAAAGUUGCUAAAAGACAAGAUAACACCUUUUGAGAGUUCCAUACACUAUUCCGGUUUCCUAGAGUCCUUGUUUCGAGACCUCUGUCUCUCAUUGGAGGUAGAAGACCUAAAAAAGGUCAGCAACUCCCUUACAGUAUUACUAAGUGAGAAACAGAAACAGGAAAAGCAGCUGAAUAAAGGAAAGAAGAAAAAGAAAGGUGUGGUUGCUGCCGGAGGGAUGAAGGCCAAGAUGAAGGAUGACCUAGCGGACUACGGAGAGUUCGAUGGAGGUUACGCACAAGACUACGAGGACUUCAUGUGACACCAACCGACUGCUGAGUCUCAAACGGCGACCUGUUCAAGUAGUGCCCUUAUAUUGGGGACAUCCACUGUCCUUCCCAUUCCCUCUCAGCUCUGCUCGAUUCAUCCACCUCGGAGCAUGACCUAUGACCUAUUCUGCUGCCCAAAGCCAUCCAAUGAAAACCACCCUUGUGUUGCCCGCUGCACACAAAGAAGAUUCUGUAAGAAGUGUUGAAUGGUUUGACGAAGAACACGAACAUCUGAUCUCGAUAUGUUUUUUUUUUCUCUCCUCGUUAGGAUUCCUUCGACGACUCCUCGAAACUGAUCAAUAAGACAAGAAACUGAUCAAUAAGACAAGAAACUGAUCCUUGAGUUCUCUCCACUGUAAGAAUAUUCCAAAAUGUUUUACCAGCAUACUUCGUUUUUUCCAAAUCUACAAUGAAUUCAAUUUUAUCUUUAAAAUAAACGUGUCAACAAAAUGAAUUGUUACUGUUUGACGACUGAAAGUAGAAGGAAAAUAAAUGUGGUAUUCUAUGCAAAUGAGAUUGA